AUGGAGUUCGAUUGCUUGCUGUGUCGCUGUGCAGAGGCAGACACGGACAUCUGCGGGGCAAAAGAGGAUUAUGAAUUGAUCACUGUCCAUCAGUUUUGCCUGUAUUUUGCCAGUGACCUUCACCCACAAGGGUCGGAACAGGAAGAAGAAAGGGUGUAUCAUUUUCUGGAUAUUUUACACGCAGCCUAUCAGGCAAUGAUGACGGUCUGCUUUGUGUGUGGCAAAAUAGGGGCCACCGUCGCCUGCCUGGGGAUAGGCUGCGACCGCAGGUUCCAUCUCCCCUGUGCCGUGGAGGGUGGAUGCGUCACCCGUUACUUCCCGCCAUACAGCGCCUUCUGCUGGGAGCACCGCCCACGGCAGCAAAAGCUGGAGGUUCCAGAGGACACCAACUGCCUCAUCUGCAUGGACUCACUUGAAGGCAGAACGACCUAUGGGACCAUGGUGUGCCCAGUGUGCAAACAUGCCUGGUUCCACAGGGCCUGCAUCCAGGGACAGGCUAUGCGUGCUGGCGCGUUUUGCUUCCAGUGUCCUCUAUGUCAAAAUAGGAAAGUCUUUCAAACAGAAAUGCUCCUCAUGGGGAUCCGAAUCCCCGUAAGACAAGCAUCAUGGGAAGACAACAAUCCAUAUGCAGACCUGUACGAGAGGCACGGGAGCUGCAAUGCCAGGGAGUGCCUUUGUCCAGAAGGCAGGGAGGGGGCAGAGCCAGACGGGCCCUGGGAGCUGUUCCUGUGCUGCUCCUGUGCUGCUGUGGGCACUCACAGACAGUGUUCCAACCUGGGGAACAGCGAGGAGGACACAUGGGAGUGUGAGAGCUGUGCUGGCCUGGGCACCCGUAAGUGUCGAAGCACCCGGCUGCUCCUGGCCUAA